AUGAGUAGAUUCCGUAAAACCCUAGUUUCUGCUUUCGUUCUCUGCUUGGUUAUUUUUCCUCUUCUAGUCUCAGCGGCAGAGGAAGAAAACCAAUGCGGCGGAUCCAAAGGUGGCUCUGCUGCGGAGAAAGCAUCGGCUCUUAAAUACAAGAUCAUAGCUUUCUUUUCCAUCUUAAUCGCCGGAGUAUUUGGCGUCUGUUUACCUAUUUUUGGCCUCAAGACGGAGAGCAAUUUCUUCAUGUACGUGAAGGCAUUCGCUGCCGGCGUAAUUCUAGCCACCGGCUUUGUCCACAUUCUUCCCGAUGCUACCGAGAGUCUCACGAGUUCGUGCCUUGGAGAAGAACCACCGUGGGGAGAUUUUCCGAUGACGGGACUCGUUGCCAUGGCUGCAUCGAUCUUGACAAUGUUGAUUGAAUCCUUUGCUUCAGGGUAUUUGAACAGAUCUCGCUUGGCGAAAGAGGGUAAGACUCUGCCGGUGAGUACAGGCGGAGAGGAGGAACAUGCUCACACUGGCUCUGCUCAUACUCAUGCCUCACAAGGACAUUCUCAUGGCUCUCUUCUUAUUCCCCAAGAUGAUGAUCACAUUGAUAUGAGGAAAAAGAUUGUAACUCAGAUAUUGGAAUUGGGGAUUGUGGUUCAUUCAGUGAUAAUAGGAAUAUCUCUAGGAGCAUCUCCAAGUGUGAGCACAAUAAAGCCUCUCAUAGCUGCAAUUACUUUCCAUCAAUUGUUUGAAGGUUUUGGCCUUGGUGGUUGCAUCUCUGAGGCAAAGUUUAGAGUAAAGAAAAUUUGGGUUAUGUUGAUGUUCUUUGCACUCACGGCACCAAUAGGGAUAGGAAUUGGUAUUGGAGUGGCGGAGAUUUACAACGAGAAUAGCCCAAUGGCCCUAAAAGUUUCCGGUUUUCUUAAUGCCACGGCCUCUGGAAUCUUGAUUUACAUGGCGCUUGUUGAUUUGGUAGCUCCACUUUUUAUGAACCAAAAAACUCAGAGUAGUAUGAAGAUACAAGUAGCUUGUAGUGUAUCUCUUGUUGUUGGUGCUGGUUUGAUGUCUCUUUUAGCUAUUUGGGCUUGAAAGUUUUAGUUAUUCUUGCUUGUUUUUUGAGAUUUUUUUUAGAACAGUGAAAUUACAUUUCAAUUCGGAUUUUGAUACUAAGACAAACCAGUCAAUUCCAUUCAUGAAUGCUGUUAUAUGGGAAAGAGAAUGUAAAUCAGUCUGUAAGUGACACACGUAACUCUCCAUGACUCCAUCUCUGAUGAAGAAAUACAAAACCAUCUAACUUACCUGCAAAUCAUUCGAAUGCACGCUUUGUAUUUACUAUGAUAUUGUAUUUGCUUGAACGCUCUUUAAUUACCUCUCCUAUGAUGCAUGUAUUACCACAGUAGAACCCCUACCAACAAAAUAAAAAAGGUAAAAUCAGUUACUAAAAAGAUUCUACAAUAGCUAUGAAAUUGUAGUAUGGAAAUCUUGUAAAGCAAUUACUAUAUGAGAAAGAGAAUGUAAAUAAAAAAACACUAAGCUAUGAAGAUGUCUAUCUCAUGACGUAGAACUCAAGGAAGUGAACAAAAACUACUUGGAGGACAGAGUAAAUCACUCCACAACCAGCUAAACAGAGUAAGAAAUGAGAUUUGGCAGCAGUUGAGAAUUGGAUGAUUUUGUAAUGAGUCAAAUGAUG